AUGCUGUGCGCGAUCUCGGCUGCGCUGGCGAUCGCGCCGCCGUCCGCCUUCGUCGCGUGCCGUCGUCCCGCCCUCUCGCGGCACCGCUGCGCCCGCAUGGCGGAGAACGCGGACGAGCUCCUCUCACCGGCGCUCUGGACGGUGCAAGGGUAUUCCUCUGUGCAGGGCCUCGUCCCGGUGUGCCAGCGCCUCAACCAGAGACGCGCCGAGGCCGAGCACCUCGGCAUCUCCCUUCUGGCCGACGGCUCCAUCGCCUGCCGCGUCGUCGCCGCCGCGGGCGCCGACCCGCGCUCGCUGCGCGUCGGCUUUGAGGACUUUGCUGCGGCGCAGGGCGUCCGCGCCCGCGGAGGAGGCGAGGCGCCCCAGCUGGGUGAGUCGCUGCUGGCGCUGCUCCGCAAGGCGGCGGCGCAGAGGCGGCUGCUCGUCGACGAGCGCCUGUCGGCGAAGCACGUCCUGCUGGCACUGCUCGAAGACGCGAGGCGUGCGGCGCGAGAAGCCAACCUCGACCGCGCCUCCCUCACCGCCGCCAUCACCCUCUUGCAAGCCGAGCACAGCCGCAGCAAAGAGCGUGGCGCAAUCUCCAGCGGAGAGCGCGCGGGGCGGCUGGCGCCGGUGAUCGGCAGGGAGGCGGCGGUGCGGCGCGUGGCGGCGGUGCUCUCGCUGCGAACCAAGAACAACCCGGCUCUGCUCGGUGCGCCCGGCGCGGGCAAGGCUGCGGUAGUCGAGGGGCUGGCCCACCUCCUCGCCAACGGCGACGUGCCACAGGCGGUGAGGGGGAAGAGGCUGAUCGCCGUCGACUUCGGCGCGCUGGUCGGCGGCGCGACGCGGCGCGGAGAGGUUGAGGCGCGGCUCAGGGCGCUGCUGUCGGAGGCGCAGCAGGCGGAGGGGGAAGGCGCGAUCCUCUACCUCGACGAGCUUCACUCGCUGGUCGGCCCGCCUCUCGACGCCGCGCCGCUCCUCAAGGCGGCCCUCAAGGCGAGCCCGAAGCUGAGGUGCAUCGGCGCGAGCACGCUCGAACAGUACCGCCUCCUCGUCGAGACGGACGCCGCGCUCGAGCGGCGGUUCCAGCAGGUGCUUCUCGGCGCGGAGCAGCUGCCGGUGGAGGUGGAUUUGCCGGCCGUGAGAGAGGCUGCGGAGCGAGAGGAGAUCGCGACGCAAAGGGAGGAGACGACGGCGGCGCAGGCGGCGGCGGAUGCGGCGGCGGCGGCGGGCGAGGACUACGCGCGGGCAGCGUCGCUGUCUGAGCGUCUGGAGACGCUGGCGGCGCGGGAGGCAAUCGGGGCGCUGCGCGGCGAGGAGGCGCGGGAGGAGGGGGGGUACGACCGCGCCGCCGCGAGGAAGGGGGAGCUGGUGCGGCGCGAGGAGGCGGCGUGGGCGGCGCUCGCUGGGCACGCGGAGGCGACAGCAGCGGAGGAGGCGAUGAGCGCCGCCCUCGCGGACGAGACGAGGCACGACGUGGCCGACCGUGCGCGGUGGGAGGCGCGGGAGCGAGGGCUGGCGGAGGAGGUUGCGGCGCUGCGCGAGGCGCUGGAUCAGAAGCUGGCGGAGCAGGCAGAGUGCGGCGUGAGCGUGGCGCGAUGUGACGCCGCCAUCGAGGCGGUGGAGGUUCGGCUGGCGGCGAGCGCCGGCGCCGCCGAGCUGCGCAGCAAGCUCGACGCGCUCGAGCAGGCGGGCGCUCUGAUACUCGACGAGCUCGCCGACUGCCGCGCCGCCCAGAGGCGCCACGGCGAUGCGGUCGUGCAGGGGGAGGCGGAGGCGGGGCGGCUGCAGCUGGAGGUCAAGGGGCUGCAGGACCAGCGGGCCAGGCUGGAGCUCGAGGUCAAGCUCGCAUCCUCCUCGCGCAAGUUCGCCGAGGCGGCCGAGCUCUCGGCGGAGCUCAAGGCCCUGUGCGUCAAGCUCGACGGCGACGAGGACGUCGCGCUGCAGCAGCAGGUGCUCGAGCAGGUGGAGACCGAGAAGGCCUCCCUUGCGGCGGAGAGCGCUCGCGAGGCGGCGCUGCAGCGGGAGCUGCAGCAGGAGCAACGCUCGCUCGACCGUCGCCGGUUCGAUUUGCUGCUCGAGCAUCUCGAGGCGGUGCGCGCCGUGCUGCCAGAGGCAGAGGCGGCGCAGGCGGAGCUGCUGUCGGCGGAGCUCGAGCAGAGCGAGGCGGCACGCCACGAGCUGAUGCGGCGUUGGGCGUGGGACACCAGGGGGCGGCCAAAGAGACCCGCCGGCGAGGAGAAGGAGGGCGAGGGCGAGGCGGCGGCCAAGGCGGCGGCAGCAACGCAGAAGGAGAGCAAGAAGGCGAGGGAGAGGGCCAGUGAUGAGGACCGCGAUGCGAGCUCGCGACCGGCUGGGUGAGGGCCCGCGGCGGGGGACUAGGGGUCUGCGCCAGGGUCCCCUGCCGGACGCAGUCUCACCAAGGGGUCCUCGACGCGAGUCGAGGAGCCCGCUCUGUUGCUGCGUCCCGAAUAAGAGGAGUCCCCUGACACGCGCGCCAUCACGUACAGCUACAGGUACACACCAGUCAACAACGGCAUAGCAUCUCAGUCCGCGGCUCAGCUUGUUUUCUGUGGCGGGGCGGGUACCGGGUAAGACGGUAGAGUGGUCCGGAGGGGUUGACAGUCGCCAGCGCAGGUGCCUUGGGACCUCUCGUGUUACGUGUAUGUGGUCUGGGAAUGCAAUAUGUCUGCUGUGUGCU